AUGGAAUUAAAAUAGUUUGGAAAUUCAUAAAGUUAUAAAUUGCAAGUUUUAUAAAAUGAAACGUAGUCAAGUUUUUUUGGAGGACUACAAACGAAGUCAGAAAAGCAGAUUUCUUAUAACCAGAAAGAGACAAGUGUUUAUCAAAGUAUCAUUUCUGAAAAUAGGCGAAAUUGACACGCUUAAAGAAAAUUUCACAGCAGACGUUUAUAUACAGUCCAGAUGGAGAGAACCCCAGCUCGACAAGCAAGCAGUUACUUCAACGGACAUCGACUGGAAGAGUUACUGGGACGCAAAGAUAAAAGUGCAAAAUGUCCUGUCAGAGACCAGACAUGACCAUUGGAAAGUUUUACAGAAAGAAAACGGAGAAGCUUUUGUUAUAGAUAAACAAAGAAUAAAGGCGACAUUCGCGGAAAAUUUAGAACUCUUGUUGUUUCCAUUUGAUAUCCAGGAUUUAUCAGUGAAUGUCAGUACAGAACAUUCCGAAGCUGAUGUAGAACUCUUGGAGGAAAUCAAAGAAAUCUCAAGUGUUCACACAGAAACUUUUGCAAAACAACAAGAGUGGCAUUUGUUUGAAUUUGUUGAGUUUACACCAAAGGUUUCAACCAAAGAAUAUGCAAAUACCAAAUACAAACAUCCGGGUCUUAUAAUAUCGUGCAAUGCAAGACGCCGUGCAGGAUUUUUUGUUUGGAAUGUUUUACUUAUUAUGACACUCAUUAGCUCAUUGUCGAUAGCCACGUUUUCUGUAGACAGGAACAAACCACAGAAUCGACUACAGCUAUCGUUUACACUUGUCUUAACUGGAGUUGCCUUUAAAUUUGUUGCCAAUCAAACUAUACCAAAGAUCUCUUAUUUGACACAAUUGGACCGGUAUAUACUUGGUAGCAUGACGUUUCUUUACCUUGUGUGUAUAUGGCACGCCAUAGUUGUCCUGAUAUCAGACGAAGAUGAUGGCAAGUCAGCAGAUAAAUGGGCGUUCGUCACCUUCAUCAUACUGUUUUCAAUAUUUCAAAUAGCAUUCUUUAUUAAUGUAUUAAUACAAGGAUAUAGAAGAUGGCGUCAUGCAAAAACAAUAGAAGAAAAAUAUGAGGAAAAGUAUCAGAAUAUUUGUGGAGAGAAGAUGUCACCCAAGAAAAAGAAGAGUAACCCAUUCAGGAAGAUGGUAACUGUCGGAUCAAUAGCUCUCUCAUUGAAACUUUUCUAAAUGUUUGUGUCGAAACUAGAGGAUUUUCAGAGUUAUGCAUUUUAUAUCCAUGUCAUAUUUGUAAAUCAAUUUUCAUACCAGUGGCUCCCAUGGCAACAAUUUUUUUCCAGCGUUAUUUUAUUUUUUAUUUCUCUUCAGCAAAUUACUUUUGAAUCAUUUUUAAACUAUUAGUUGAAAACAAAACUAGGCUUAAAAGCACAGAAUGAAAAAAAAAAUGGAAAAGGCAAAAACAAAGUCCUUUAUAAGCAACGUCCAUUAGUGUAAAGGAUUGUCUGACCUGAAGCAAUUGAUUUCAUCAUAAAAUUGCAAAAACCAAUGCAAUAUCAGAUAUGACUUCUAUUAUACGUAUUUAAGGAAUGAUAGUAAUAUUUUUUUCUGUCUAUGAAGAAAUGACAUAAAAAACGUGGUGCACACUAAAUAACCCUUGUAGCGUGUUAUUUAAAAGUGCGCACCAUAUUUUUUAGGUUAUUUCGAAUAGACAGAAAAAAUAUUACAGUCAUUCCUUAUAAUUCAAUUUUAAAUUUCAUUUUUUAGGAGUAAAUCAUGAAAAAAAGCGUUGAUGUCGUCACGGUCACAUGACAAAAUUAUGUCUAUGACCUGAUAGACAAAAAACUUUCAGCCAAUCAGAUGACGUGUUACAUCCAAAAAUAAAUUAUUGCGAAAUAAGUCAGCUUCCCUAAAUAAUAUCCGACAAAGGCAAACAAUAGUAAUAAAAGCUACGUUGAUGAAGUUGGUUAGCUGAAUCCAAAUUUUAUUUUUGUACGAAUUUUCUUUAGAAGGCAAUAUAAAUCACCAACAUCAACAUACAUUUACACAUACGUAACAUAUAUGGGUAGUAAACGUGAACUUACAAUAAGCUCGAUUUUACAGCUGUAGGUAUUUAUGUUAAUGUUCUUAUGAUACAAAUGUAUUAUAUGUCAAAAUAAAAUA